UUUUCUCUACCUGUUUAUGCUUAGGUAUGCUCUCGAGGGUGAUCCAUAUGGGCAUGACUGGGUUGCUCCAGAGUGCGAUGUAUCCAUCAGGACAGGUUGGUUUUGGCAUAGCUCAGAGAAUCCCAAAUCUCCCAUGACCCUACUUGACAUAUACUACACUUCAGUGGGCAGAAACUGUCUCCUGAUACUAAAUGUUCCCCCAAAUUCAUCUGGCCUCAUAUCCGAUGAAGACAUUCAGGCUCUUCAGAAUUUUACUGCAAUGCGACACACCAUUUUCUCACAAAAUUUGGCUAAGGAUGCCAUUGUUUCUGCUAGCAGUACACGAGGUGGUCCUGAUGAAUCUCAUUUCAGCCCUUCCAACGUAAUUGAAGAAGGUAUUUACUCUUAUUGGGCUCCUGAUGAGUUCCAAGCUACCUGGACAUUAAUCCUAGACCUCGGACAAUCCAUUUCCUUCAAUGUUUUGCAAGCCCAGGAGCCUAUUCAAAUGGGGCAGCGGGUCGUUGAGUUCCAUGCUGAUGUUCUCAAGGAAGGGGAGUGGGAAAUAAUAGCAAAUGGCACAACCAUUGGAUAUAAAAGGCUUCUACUAUUUCCUAUUGUAAAAGCUCAGUUUCUAAGGUUUGUUGUUGAUAAAUCUCGUGCUGAUCCACUCAUAUCCUAUCUGGGCAUAUAUUUUGACCCCUUCUCCCCAUCACAUAAUCUACUUAGUACAAGCAGAAGGUCUUCUUUCAACAAUAUCAGAGAUCUCGAUCUAAGAGCCUCUAAAAAUUCUAGCCGUGUGUCUGUUAUUUAGUUUUAUUUGGGGCAGCUUUCUUACUGCUUCUUAAAACAACUUUGUAGUAUAAAAAUUUAAAUUUUUGUAUUAAAAGACUGUUUUAAGAAUCAAUAAGAAAGCCGUACCAAACUAAGUCUUAGUUUGUAAGCAUGAUUCGCUCCAGUGGAACUUGGUCUCUUACAUUUCAUAUUCUAUGACUCAGUGCAAGAAUGCCAAUAAGAUCGAUAACCUCUUUUGAGGUUCCUUCUCUUCAGUCACAGGUAAAAUCCAUGUUAUUCAGAUUCAUACAAAAUAUGUUUGUUUAUUUUGCUUCUUUGUUCACAAUUAAGCUCUGAAAAUGUGUUCAUAAGGCCAGAUUUGUGGCUCAAUGUUUGUUUCUGCAAUAUUUUGAGUAAUAAAUCUCUAGUUUUCAUA